AUGGCUAAUCUACAGAACGCGAGUUAUACUUUUUCGGAACCGGUGGUCAACAUAAAUUCACCAGUGCAAGGGUCCGGGAUAAACAUGGGUCGAACCAACCAAUCUUUAGGUUUGAGACACCCAACACAACUACCUACUCUUACUAAUAAUUCUGCGGCGGCAUGGAGGCAACAGAUGGACGAAAGCAAUCAUGAAAUGGUCCAAAUGUUAACUCAGACUUUGACCACUGUGCUAAAUCCUCUGAUUCAGAAUACGACUCAGUCGGAUCAACAUAUGACAACACAAGUGGCUCGAAUGUUUGAGUUUCUUGGUAUACCUCAGCACCAACGUCCUCUUCCUAGGGAUUGGGUAAGAGAGAAUCAAAAGGCCACAUUUGAGGAAGACCUCACCAUUAACCAGAUCCCACAAAACCAAGGGGGAGUAGUACUACCCCCUAGGAUCGAACCACAUGUACCCAGGGAACCGAGGGUGUUAAUGGUGAAUAGAAAUCAAAAUGCUGAUGAUAUCAUACGUCAAGUUCGACAUGACGAUAUGGCAGCAGAUAAUAACCUAGCAGCUAUAGUCGAAAGAAUUAUGGUUCGAAAUAGGGUAAAUUUUGGCCUUAGAAGACCAAACUAUACGCCGCCUUUAGCAGAGUAUAUCUUACAAGCGGAAGCACCCCUCAGGACCAAAAUCCCCAAAUUCACCAAGUUUAUUGGGGAUACUACUGAGUUUACUGUUGAACACGUGGCGAGAUAUUUAAUCGAGGGUGGAGAUAUGUCAAAUAACGAGAGCCUUAGGAUGAAAUUUUUUCCAAGUUCUCUUACGAAGAAUGCUUUCACAUGGUUCACAACCUUGCCCCAAAAUUCGAUCCACACAUGGAACUAA